GCGAACGGCACGGUUCUCGAUCGUACAUUGUGUGGAUUUUCUUCCUUUUCCUUUUUCCUUAUUACGUCGAAGACAUCCUCUUCGGAACGCGAAUACGUGCUCGCGAAGAUACGCCUGAAUUCCUCAUCGAGGAGUCUCGCAUGUCGCUCUUCAUCAUCGUAAUUCAAUCCCAGUUUCGUGAUCGAUUGGGUUACGGCAGAAAAGGACGAUCAAAUUCGCGCCGCGAAUGGUAUUGUGACGCGUGAUAAUAAUGCUAUGAUCAGCAAAGGAGAAACGAUCAGCAUGAGAUGUUUCGAGAGCUUCUUCAAGCACACCUGGCGACCACAGCAGGUGCGUCAGAUGGAUUCGCCGUCAAAAUUCGAGCUAGCGACGAAGACAGCGGAGGUGCACCGGCACGCUGCCGGUGAAACCACGGAGAUGGGCGAGGUGAAGGUGACCGCGCCGAGCAGUAACAUCGCGACGUCGAUGGCGCACUCCAGUGGUAGCAACGGGAUGCCCUGCAAGAACGGCGGCUGCAAGAUCUGGAGGAACAGCCGAAUCGAAGGUAGCGAGCCACGCACUCCAGAGAGUCCAUGGCACUCGCUCAAAACCAUCUUCCUGGUCUCCGUGAUCGUGGCGUUCCUCCUCUGGAUCAUCAUCUACACCCUGCUGGACCAGUAUCGGAUCUUGUGAU